AUGACCACCAUUGCUCUAUCGCUUGACCCAGUUGUUCUGUCUGACCCCAACACUGGAACUGUCCUUGACAUCGCAAGUACAGUUUCCUUCCGCUCGUCAACAGACCGAAAACUAUUUUCAAAUAUCAACGAGCUGCUCGCUGGGAUUCAAGCAGGAGAUUUAUUUAUACUCAAGGCUCAGACUUGCUGUUUCCUAGUCUCGCUCACCCGGGAGGAAAGCAAUGCAGAAGACCAAGCGGUGUUCAUGGACACCAUUGCCGCUGACAUAACAAGCUAUCCGAUCUGGGCCCAGCUAGGAAUCGAUAUAGUGCGCAAUGUGGAGAGUCCUUCCAGCCAUCGGCAUAUAUCGUUCAAGAUUGAGCAUAAAGAAGCUGUCUUACACCCAACUCUACCUCCCAACACAACGGUCAUUACUAUGCAGCAUCUGACCUGCUCCUUCUAUAUUCAUCAGGAAUCAUCCAUCUCCGAAGGUCCUAUGGAAUCAGCCUAUCAAAGGACGUCAUCGAUGACUAGCAGUCAUGGCUCUCGCCUUGAUUCAGAAAGUGGCUUUGGUUUGGGCGUCUCGUCUGUGGAAUAG